AUGCAGAUCAUCCCAGUGAUGGAGAAUGUGUCUUUGCACACACAUUUUAUCCUGAAUGGCUUUUAUGAACUGGGAGAGUUGAGGCCUUUGCUCUUCAUCCCGUUCUCCCUCAUGUUUACUGUGUCACUGUUUGCCAACUCCCUGCUGCUGUACGUCAUCAUUUCACAGAGAAGCCUCCACUCACCGAUGUACAUCCUCAUUGCUGGCAUGGCAUGUGUUGACCUGAGCGUCCCUGUAUUCUUUUGUCCACACAUGCUGCUGAGCUUCUUGUUUGACUGGAAGGGGAUCUCGCUGAUUGGCUGCCUUGUUCAGAUGCACUUCAUUCACUUUUUUGGAGCUUUUCAGUCCACUCUGCUGGUAUGGAUGGCUCUGGAUCGUUACUUUGCCAUCUGCACGCCAUUAUACUACCACAAACACAUGACAUCAUCAAGAUUUGUUAAGUUUUUACUUCCACUUGUUGUCAGAAAUGUCCUCUUGAUAACGCUGUUUGUGAGCUUGGCUGGAACGCUGUCAUUCUGUUACAGAAAUGUGAUAAACCACUGUUUCUGUGAACACAUGGCCUUGGUGGAGCUGGCCUGUGGAAGCACCACCAUCAAUAACCUUGUGGGCUUGGUGGCCAUGUUCCUUAUUCCUGUUCUUGACUUCGUCUUCAUCGCUUCCUCCUAUGUGGUGAUAUUCAGCUCUGUGCUGCGGUCUGGCAGGUCACGUGUAAAAGCACUUCACACCUGCAUCACCCACAUAAUGGUCAUCACAGUCAGCCUCAUUCUGGCUCUUGUUGCUUUCCUGUCAUAUCGGAUCAGAAAUGGCCUCCCUGCAGCUAGUCGAGUUUUCUUCAGCACCAUGUACCUGCUUUUCCCAAGCUGCUUCAACCCAGUCAUCUAUGGCAUCAGGACCACUGAGAUCCGACAGCACAUCCUCAAGACACUGAGCUGUCACUCGUUGCAAAAUGGGCCCAGUUCCUAA